AUGAGAGACAUUCUUUCCAAAAUUGACUUCAAUACAUCACACGAAAACGUAUCUGGUAUUGAUAACAAUAUUUACCAGAAAAGCAGCAGUGAUGAAAAUUACGAGGAUAAUUCAUCAAACUGGUAUCCUUCGGAUGAUUCGGACACAGAGAACGAUGUGUACAAUUUGGAAGAGCUCGCAAAGAUUGCUUAUCAGUCAAAUUUCUCACACAAUGUGGAUAGGUACUUUUUGGAGUUCAACAAAUUAAACAAAUCGACUCGUGCUAAGCUCGGCCAUCAGAUUAGCUCGAUGCUGAUGCAGUGCUCGUUUGCCGGGAAAGUAUGUCAAGGAAAAGAUUUUAAACGAUCCUACUCGGCAAAAUACGGGAACUGCUACACACUACAGAAGAAAAAGUUUUACAGCAACAGAAAAGGACCGGACGGGGGUCUGGAGCUAGUUUUAUUUCUGGAGACGGAGGAAUAUCUACCAGGUAUCACCAGUGGUGAGGGUGCCCAGCUGGUGAUACACGAGCAGGGGACAGUCCCUUUCCCUGACGAAGAAGGGAUUGCUAUAGCAUCAGGGGCUCAAACCAUGAUAGGAAUAAAACAGCUGUGCCAGAAGAUCUGUCAAGAAAACAAGGUCAGGGCCACGUGUAACUGUUACGACAUGAGUAACCUGGAGGUGAAUGACAUCAUAAAGAUUCCAGACAGACUCACCCCCUGUACACAGGAAUCAGAGCUGCAAUGUGUUACAGAACUUCAGUCAAAUAUUUCUAACGAUCAAUCAACAUGUGAUUGUUCAAGUCCUUGUAGUGAAAGAGAAUAUGUGACAAGUGUUUCCUCCAGGUUUUGGCCGAACCUAGAUACAGCAGAAUUUUUGCUUGAGAAAAUAUAUAAAACUAGACGCUAUGAGGCUUGUGCUGAUAUGACAGAUGUAUAUCAAUGGGACUUUCUGAAGCUCAACAUUUACUUUGAAGAUUUGAAUUAUGAGAAAAUAUCUGAACAACCUGACUACGAGAUAAUCCAGUUGUUUUCUGACGUGGGUGGUACCAUUGGACUGUGGAUAGGCUUGUCUCUACUGAGCCUGUUUGAGAUCCUACAUCUCAUCGUUGAUAUUAUAGCACUAGUGGCCACCCACAUGUGGAGAAAUACCUAG